AUUUUUAGCAGUCAACUGUGUUUUGCAAUCUAAUUACAAUAAUUUUGAUCUGAAAACAUAUGAAGGUAUGCCGUAAACAGUAUGAACGACGAAGAAAUAAUGUUACCUUGUUAUGUGUGUCAGUACAUUUAUUUGUAGUGGCAAAAAAGUUUGCAUUAUAGAAGCCAAUGAAAAGGGAAAAAAAAAGAAAGAACAUCUAAGGUAAUGUAUUGUGUCGAUGUAUUAUGCAGCUAAUGUGAUGAACGAUGUCAGCUGACGUCUGUGCAGUACUAGGCCCAGAAGUUUCUGAAUGUUUAACAGCUGUAGUAGAGAAGCAUGGCUCUGAUGGAUCAGGAUGCACGGUACUGGACUGUCUGGCUGCACGAGACUUGCUGUCAGGAGAUCGUGCUGUUUGCCUUGUGUGCUUGAUGCAUACCCCAGUGCACCACCGUAAUGUGUUGGCACGCCUAGGUGUCCCCAAACCAGAAACACAUGCAGCUUUAUAUUUUGUUGAUGCCCUUUCACAGCUGGGCAGCAUUUCUGGUUGCUCUCCUGACGACCUUUUCUCACAGGUAAUUAAGGUCGUUGCUUCAGCACAAGUUUCUGGUAUAUCUCACUUGAGCCUAAUAUUGGAUGAUGUAAGUGUGCUGCUUGAUGUCGGCUGGGAUUUGCAGCAAGUAAUAAGUUUCUUGAGCCGUCUUCGUUCUCUAAAAUUGGCAUCCAUGGCAGUUCUCACACACGCUGCAGGUGCAGACACACUGACAUCUCUUCUAGCAGCUGCCCUGAUUCAUUCAUCAGAUACAGCAGUUUCAGUAUUGCCUCUAAGUACUGGUGUGAGUGCUGAUGUUUCAGGAACAUUAAUUAUACGACAUCUGCAACAACCGAAUGAUACGCCACAGACAUUCCAUUUCAGACUUAUGGAUAGGCAGGUGAAAGUGUUUGCUCCAGGCAGCAUUCGUUGAGCUUCUACAAGAUGAUGAUAAAGAAGGUGUAACAGUUGUAAAGAAUGAUUACAAAAAUAAGAUAGAUCUGCAGUCUGUGUGACCUUGCACAAUAGAGCAGUGACUGUUUUCAUAGACAAAUUAAAACUUAAGUUUUCAUUUGUGGUUA